CUCAAACGAAUUGUUUACAUGUCAAAAUCACAAAUCAUCCGAUUGAAAUAAUUUUUCAUUACAGUAGUCGUACUUUAUCAAUUUACGAAAGUUUUGUUAUACGAUAUUGUGCGGAUUUUUAUGCAAUGGAGAAAAUCAAUUUGAACCUUUCGACUCGCCCGAAGGUUAGCAUUCUGGACAAGCCACUGAGCCGUGGCAAGGGGGAAGUUUCGCUCAGCUGUUUUUCGCUGCUAUUUUCCGAAGUGGUUCAGUAUUCACAAAGCCGAGUAAACACCAUUCCGGACUUGCAGAACAAGUUGCACGAUCUAGGCAAGGAUGUUGGCAGCAGAAUUAUCGAUUUGUAUUUCGUGCGGGAACGUAACUCCAAACGAGAAACUAAGCUAAUCAAUAUGCUGAUGUUCAUAAAAUCAACAUUGUGGAAGACUUUGUUCGGAAAGGAUGCAGACAAACUAGAGCAUGCGACCGAUGACGAGUGCACGUACUACAUCAUCGAAAAGGAGCCGCUAGUCAACAAAUUUAUCAGCGUUCCAAAAGAUAAGGGUGCCCUGAGUUGUGCCGUCUUUGUGGCCGGUAUUAUUCAGGCGGUACUAUCGAACUGUGGUUUCACAUGUCAAGUAUCCGCUCAUUGGCACAAAGGAACAACCUACAUGGUGAAGUUCGAAGAUCAUGUCAUAAGCAGAGACAAACAGUUGGAGGAGAAAUAAAUAAGCUUUCAUAUUUAUUACCAUUA